AUGACUAAAAAGGUGACAACAAUGAAGCUCCAUGUUAAUCUCCAGUGUGUGAAAUGCUACAAGAAGGUCAAGAAUGUUCUCUGUAAAUUCCCACACCAGAAAUUCGAUGAGAAGGAGAACACUGUGACGAUUAAAGUGGUGUGCUGUAGCCCAGAGAAGAUUAUGGAUCAGCUUUGCCGUAAAGGUUGUGGCGCCAUUAAGUGCAUCGAAAAAGUCCCAUGUAAGCCACCAACUCGACGUCGGCCGACAUCUCCGCCGCCGACGCCUCCUCCUCCACCGCCACCGUGUUGCGACUCAUGCUGUGAAUGCUGGCAUGAUGGCCCUUGCUUUGAGCCUAAGCCACGAGUUCCAGAUAGAACGUGUUGUGUUCCGUGCCAUGACUGUCGGCCUUGUAGGCCAUGCUCUGAGCGUUGUUGUAGGCCUCCACCAUGUUAUGAAGGGUAUUUUUAUGCUAUACCUGUUUAUGAUAGCUAUGGUGGAGGACAACCUUGCUACGUGAGCCGUUGUGGUCAAUACGUCAGCGAAGAUAACGUCACAGGGUGCACAAUAAUGUGA